AUGAAACCUAAUAAUGAGCAGGAUGGGAAGGAUAAGGACGAUUGGGAAUACCAUCCAUUAUUUUUGUCAAAAAUUCCAAGUAAAAAAGAUAUCGAUAAAAAUUCUGCUCUGUUAGCAUUGAUAACAUUAAUAAAUGAAGAGGAGGAAAAUGAAGAGUUUAGUUAUGAACCUCGAAGAAAAAAUUUAAAUAAAAAAAUAACAGAAAAAGGAGAAAUUAUGUAUAAAAAUCAUAGAAGGAAUUUAUGUCAACCUUAUCAACAAAGAAACAAUAAUUUAAGUUUUAUGGACAAAAGAAAUACAAAUAACAAUUUUGAUAAUAAUAAAAAUGAUGAUGUUGUAAAUAAUAAAGAACAAAAUAAUGAAAAUAAUUCAUCUGAAUUAGUUAAUGAUGAAAAAGACAAAAGUAAAAUGGAAACUACAUCCAUAGGAGAAGUUUUAGUUUGCUUAUCCAUGUUGGAUUUAAAGAAAUAG